AUGAGCAUUAACGCAGGUGAAGUUGAAAGAUUCCUGGACACCCACCCAGAUUUUGCUAGGCAGUAUUUUGAGAAGAAAAUGGGAAAUGGGACCCCGGUUGCCACGACAAAUAGCCACCAACGCUUGGAAGAGUUCACUGGGCUGGGCCAGGAGGAGGAGAGUGAAGCGUUUUUUGAACUGAUCCAAGAUAUGCAGGAAAGCAUCAACAUGGAGAAGGUCGUCUUCAAGACCCUACGGAGAAUCAGUGCCCUGAUCCAUGCUGACCGGUGCAGCCUCUUCAUGUUCAGGCAGCGAAAUGGUACCCCUGAACUUGCAACCCGGCUGUUCAACAUUCAUAAGGAGAGCACACUAGAAGAAUGCUUGGUAGCCCCUGACUGCGAAAUUGUCUUCCCUUUAGACAUUGGUGUUGUGGGGCACGUUGCUCAGACCAAGAAGACCGUGAACAUCCCAGAUGUUGGUGAGGUAAGGCUACCAGUUUGUUUGCCAGUUUGUUUCUGGGACCAAUUCAAGGUGCUCUCAUUAGUACUACUUAAAGCCCUAAACGCCUUAGGCUAGGGGUACCAGACAUCCCCAUUUCCCGGGGACAGUCCCCGGAUUUGCAAAUAAGUCCCCAGACAAAUUCCAUCCCCGGAUUUCAUCUAAUGUCCCCAGGAAAUGCAGUCUCAGCAGCCCGGAGCAGUUGGUUCUGGCUGGCUUCAGGAGCUGCUCGGAAGUCCCCAUACGAUGGUGGUGCAGGGGCUCUCAGAUGCAGCUUCCAGGCUGCUUCCACCUUCCCUGACCCCAGCAACUACGCUGGGAAGGGAGGCUUCAUGCUGCCUAUCGGAGCAGCCUCCCAACUCCUACUUGCGUGCAAGCAGGAGUGGGGCGGGGAUCUCUCCCUUCCCAGCUGAGGCCCCUGUCCACUGGCUGGGAGAAAUCGGGGCGCCCUAGGAUCAAGGCAGAAGCUGUAAUGGUUUUAGUCAUUCCAGGGCCAUCCCGGCAAAAUCGGGACUGUUGGAGGGUAUGUUACAAUCACCAUAGAAUUGCAAACACUGUCUCUUUCCUGAAAUGUCUAAGCCAGCCUGACUUCCAGCUUCAGGGACAUGGGUGGCGCUGUGGGCUAAACCACCGAGCCUCUUGGGCUUGCUGAUCGGAAGGUUGGUGGUUUGAAUCUCCGUUACAGAGUGAGCUCCCAUUGCUCAGUCCCAGCUCUUGCCAACCUAGCAGUUCAAAAACACACCAGUGCAAGUAGAUAAAUAGGUAUCGCUGUGGUGGGAAGGUAAACAGCGUUUCCAUGCGCUCUGCUUUCCAUCAAGGUGUCCCCUUGUGCCAGAAGCGGUUUAGUCAUGCUGGCCACAUGACUUGGACAAAUGCCAGCACCCUCAGCCUGAAGCAAGAUGAGCACCGCAACCCCAUAGUGGCCUUUGACUGGACUUAACUGUCCAGGGGUCUUUUAACUUUUUUUUUAAAAAAAAAACCUUUUUACUGUUCAACUCUUUCACCUGCAGUUUGCAUUCAGACAAAAUUUGUUUGAGCCCCCACCUCACCCAGCAGGUAGGUGUGACCUGAAUCAUUGAUCCCGUCAAUAGUCAACCAGCUGUCCGCCUUGAGAAAAGAAGCUUCAAAAUAGGACAGUAUGGUUGCACUAGGUCAAAGAUCUGUUAUGAUUUCAGUAUAAUUUACUUAUUGUAUAUGUUCUGUGAUGAAUGGAAUGUAGAAAGACUAGCCUAUCACAGACAUCUCUACAGUCAGUUGGGUUAGUUCAAAGUUAUAGCCUGCUUAAUUUUGUAAUUUUGUAUUUACCACACAUCUGUCCCUCAACCUUCUGGAGUGGAUUUAGGAGGUGGGGGCUGCAAAAGGGAGGGGGAAUCACUCAAAAUCACUUACCGUAUUUUUCGCUUUAUAAGACACACCAGACCAUAAGACGCACCUAGUUUAUGGAGGAGGAAAACAAGGAAAAAAAUAUUCUGAAUCCCAGAAGCCAGAACAGCAAGAGGGAUCUCUGCGCAGCGAAAGCAGCAAUCCCUCUUGCUGUUCUGGCUUCUGGGAUAGCUGCACAGCCUGCAUUUGCUCCAUAAGACGCACACACAUUUCCCCUUACUUUUUAGGAGGGAAAAAGUGAGUCUUAUAGAGCAAAAAAUACGGUACUUACUGUUCUGUUGAUGAGAGCCUUACUAUCAGCUAAGCGACACUGUCGGAUAUAACUGAAGGUUUUUGAAAUAAGUGAAAAUCCAGUAUUACUGGAGCUCAUUUCUAAGACUUUCAGAAAAUAAGUUGAUGCCUAAACCGUUGUGAUGGGCAAGUUAGACUUGUUCAGUUUGCUGUGUGUUUUUCUGCUACUUUUAAGGUAUUUGUGCAUCAUGUCAUUUCUAUCUUACACAUUUUGAAAAACCUGAAAUAUAACUGUUUGUAAAAAAAAAUUGUAAUUUUUAAUUAAAAUCAACAGUGUGACCAUUUUAGUACUUUUGUUGAUGAACUCACCGACUACACCACAAGGAACAUCCUUGCAACCCCAAUCAUGAAUGGUAAAGAUGUGGUUGCUGUGAUCAUGGCAGUGAAUAAAGUCGGAGGUCCAUUCUUCAGCAGCGCAGAUGAAAGUGUAAGUGUGAAUACAACUUGUUAGGGAGAAUCUCCUUGCCCAUUAACACUGCCUAUAAGCAUUAUAGCAUCGCCACACCUUGUUGAACUGAUUGAAGCUUUCUUAAUGUUCCCAGAUUUUCCUGAAGUACCUCAAUUUUGCCUCUUUGAACCUGAAAAUUUAUCAUCUUAGCUACCUUCACAAUUGUGAAACUCGAAGAGGUCAGGUAAGGAAAAAAAUAUUUCUGAACGCAAGGUGUCUUUCCCCCACUCGGCCUAAACCUUCUUUAGAUAAGUAGCAACUGCUGUUUCUGCCCCUAAUUUGCCUGGUCUUCUUCUCCUACUCUUGCUUGUCUGAAGAUGAGGGCCAAUAUUUUUUUAAGUCAAAAGCUGACAUAUUUAUUUCCUGCACACAUACCUGGUUUGAAAUUUCAAACAGUGCUCUUGGAAUCUACUCUGUUGUCGAAUCAACUAACAUGUCGAUUUGCUGUUCUGCAGGUUUUGCUGUGGUCAGCCAAUAAGGUAUUUGAGGAACUGACUGACAUUGAAAGGCAAUUCCACAAAUCAUUUUACACAGUGAGAGCAUAUUUGAAUUGUGACAGGUAUUCUGUAGGCCUUCUAGAUAUGAGCAAAGAAAAGGUAAGCUAAGUUUCUAAGAUUUUUUAUUAAGAGUGGUAGCGAGCAUGCUUUGCAUGGAAAAGGAAUCUAGUCCAGUCCUUGGCAUCUCCAAUGUAUAUACAUUAUUAUUAUUAUUAUUAUUAUUAUUUUGUAAUAAUGUCACACCUGGAAAUAUUUAAAUCAUGGGAGGCAUUCACUUUUUGUUUUGUUUUUUGUUUUUUGUCUUCUGAAAUAAUAUUUAUCUCCCUUUCCAGGAAUUCUUUGAUUUAUGGCCAGUUCUAAUGGGUGAAAUUCCCCCUUACUCAGGACCUCGGACUCCAGAUGGCAGAGUAGGUCUUUAAACUGACAAUAAAUAUCUCGUUUCACCACUUGGUCACUUGCUAUGAAUUCUCAUUUCUGUUCUAUUUGUAGGAGAUCAUCUUUUAUAAAGUCAUUGAUUAUAUCUUACAUGGAAAGGAGGAAAUCAAAGUCAUCCCGUAAGUAAAAAAGAAAUGACCUCAUGGGCAAUGCAAAACUAUUUAAGGCACAGGAGCCUUGUUCUCUUUUUCAUCUGGCCACUUUAUUUGCAAAAUAUAUUUGUAAGACAACAUUAGGAACUCUUAUUGAAUCAUACCCCACAACUGUCCCAGGAAAAGCGGGACACACCAUUUUUUCCACACAAGAGAACAGCAGCCAUUUUGGGUUCUGCAAUUUCUCUGUGAAAAGAACACGGGGGGGGGGGGGCUGUGAUCUCAUGUGGGUCGUGUGACUCGCCCGUGAACAUGGCCCAGAAAACAUGCAACCCGGUUUUUGGCCUGGACAUGUUGGAGGGUAUGAAAUGUUAGAAGGGAAAGUAUCAGGAGGCUGGGAUUGCAGUAAAGUUCUUUAAGAAUUUCAGCACGAGUAAUUUAAGUGUGUUCUGUUUGUAGCCAGUCCUAAUUUGAUCAACGUUUUUGUGCAUUUUCUUUUCCAUUUAGAAAUCCUAAGCCAGAUCACUGGGCAUUGGUUAGUGGCCUUCCAACAUACGUUGCAGAAACUGGUUUCGUAAGUAUUUACAUUAGCAUAUUUCCAUGAUUCAUCAAGACAACGUUGGCCAAGAGCUAAAGAACCAUGGGAUGACUUCCAUGUGACCAAAAGAGCUUUGGACUGGUUCUUCUCAAACAGCUCCCGCCCUGUGCCGCAUAGCAAGUAGCCAUCCUGAAAUGAAGGAUAGUUUCAAAAGUAGUUUGUGCUGUGACCUGGAGGUUGUGCAAGAUCUUGGGUGGUCUUGGUAGGAGUGCUUUGGAUCAGAUGGCUUAAAUAAUUCUACUUUAGAUCUAAUUAACAGCAUGUAAAAAAUACAGAUGGAAACUAAACAUUUCUGCAUUUUUUUAAAAGAUUUGCAACAUUAUGGAUGCAGCUUCGGAUGAGAUGUUUACAUUUCAGGUACUGUAAGUGUGUGAUGGUUUUCAUUGCUGCCUCCUGUAUAAUGUUGCGAGCCUCCAUCCAUAGUUCUUCAGGCACUCUGUCCACCAAAUCUAAUUCCUUAAACCUGUUCCUCACUUCCACUGUGUAUUCAUAAGGGAUUUGAUUUAGAUCCACUGGCCCAGUGGUUUUUCCUACUUUCUUCAGUUUAAGCUUGAAUUUUGCUAUAAGAAGCUGAUGAUCUGAGCCACAGUCAGCUCCAGGUCUUGUUUUUGCUGACUGUAUAGAGCUUCUCCAUCUUUGGCUGCAGAGAAUAUAAUCAAUCUGAUUUCAAUGCUGCCCAUCUGGUGAUGUCCAUGUGUAGAGUCGUCUCUUGUGUUGUUGGAAAAAGAGUGUUUGUGAUGAUCAGCUUGUUCUCUUGGCAGAACUCUAUUAGCCUUUGCCCUGCUUCAUUUUGGUGCUCUGGUCCAUGGGGUCACGAAGAGUUGGACAUGACUAAAUGACUAAACAACAACAACAAAGUGUGUGAUUGCAGCUGUUCAUGAGGGGUCCCCCACUGGUGUAUCUUGGGAAGAAGGAAUGAAUGCUAAAUCCAUUUAAGUUUGUAAUGCAGAGCUAUGCUCCUAGUUUAAAUAUGGUACUGUCCAUACGACAUCCUCCUUUACCUUGGGUGAAUAAUAAUAUCACUAUUAUCCAGUGGGUAUUGCCCCCUUGAUAUUGAGGGACGAUUUCCAAUCAUCGUGGGAAAGGGAGGUCAUUAAUGAGGUUCAAUCCUGUGGAUUGUCUCUCCUUUACUUUGAGUCUAUGACGUACAAUCAAGCUAGAGCUGUGAUCUCCCGGAGACUGAGUGACAUUGCCAGACAAGAGGACAUAGCCCAGGUAAAACCAGGGAUGUUCCUAGGGGACCAGAUUUAUCGGACCAUACCAGCCCCCUACCUUGCAGAAAUCCACUAUGUGGAAUACCGUAGACUUCUUACAGCGGCUAGAUUAAAUGUCCUUGACUCUGCGAUAUUGUGGGGAAGGUACAGGGGAGUACCAUACGCCCAGAGAACUUGUCACUGUGCCAUGGGUGUGGUUGAGUCCACCGAACACAUUCUCUUGACUUGCCCUUCUUAUGCAGAGCUUAGACAAAAUUUUAUAGACCCACUCCUAUGUCAAUUCAGCUUCCUACCCGGAGAAAACCAGGUUUUACACUUGCUGAAUAACGCCACUAGAGCUAUACCUUCCUUGGUGGCCAAAUUUCUCUUCUUAGCUUUUAAGCGUCGCAAGACUAUAAUUGACUGUAUUGAUAUGGGGCUAUCUGUUUAGCCCAUUUUAGUGUUGGCUAAGUUUUAAAAUCUUCCUGGAUGUUUUUAACUGUGUAUUGACAAAAUGUACUUUUUUCUGACUGACAGUUGAAUAAAAAGGAUGAACCUGAAUAUCACUAUUAUAUUGGGACAAUGUGCAAUUUAUAGUGACACAUACUUCGUAUGUUGCUUUAAGGAAAGUCCUGUUGAUGAAUCAGGGUGGAUCAUCAAAAAUGUUCUCUCCAUGCCAAUAGUCAACAAAAAGGAAGAGAUUGUUGGUGUUGCUACCUUUUACAACAGAAAAGAUGGGAAGCCCUUUGAUGAACAGGAUGAAACACUAAUGGAGGUGGGUUUCUUUAUUGGAGCUGGAAUUGAAAACAGAUGUUCUUUUGCCCCAUCUUUUUGUGCCUGCCAAAGAGAAUAUUUUAUUCUCUUGUUAAUUAUGCUGUUUUAAAUGUGCAUUUUAUAUUUGACUUCACUUAGCAAUUUUUUGUGGGUUUUUUUUAAAAAAGUUUUUUGUUAACUUUGUUUGUGUUAAAUAUGUAUUCUGCAGUUGACCUCCUUUGUAAUGUUUCCUUUUGAAAUCUUUAAGAUAAUAUUUUAGUUUUCCGUUAAUUAUGUUGCUUUGACAGAUUGGUUUGUUGAUAUUUUAUUGGUGUUUUAAUAUGCUGUAAACCGCUUUGAGAUUUUUCUUAAAAAUAUAAACCGGUGUAGAAAUGAAAUGAAUAAUAAUAAUAAUAAUAAUAAUAAUAAUAAUAAUAAAAGACAGUUGAUUGCAAAAUACUAACACAAUUCUGCAAUAAACCAACAGAGUUACCGUAAUCUUGUACUAGCCUUAGGUUCCUACUCCAUGCAGUAUGCAAAUAAAUAGUUACCUGAUGUAUGGAGCUAGCCUCCCUUUCUUAAAUGUUGGUCUCCCACUUCUUUUUAUGCUACUUCCAUCAGUACCCAACUCUGCUACAAACCCAUUUUACCUUCAAGUUGUACCGUAUGUCUCUCUCACACCUUUAGGCCACUCUUGAACUGGCUUUCUGUACCCUACCGUGCUCAUUUAAACCUCCCCCUUGACUUGAGAUAGUUACUGAUUCUCCCCAGCUAUUGUAUCAUCUUUUGCUUUCUCCGGCUCCUCUUCUCUUUGAUUGUCUACAAUUAAACCGUGUUCCAAAUCCAUGGUUUUAUGUGCAUUUCCCUUAGCUUCUUCUGCAUAUCAUCUUCAAAAAGUCAUCAAAAUAGCCUUCAUCUGUUGGGAUAUGAGAGCUCACCAGCUGCGUGAUAGCAGCACAUUGUUUACAUCAUGUGAUUCUUAUGAUGUUACUGAGCGUGAGACAGGAUGUCCUACGCUGCUCUCAAGGUUGUGUUCUCAGUGUAACUUGAGACCUUCCUGUCGUUGCCUUCUCAUCAACCAGGAGCCCUCAAUAUGUGUUUGGACUGAGUUCCUGAACAACAUCUGGAGAGCACUGGGUUGGCAAAAGCUGCUCUAAAGCCUUAUCUCUUUCUUCUUUGAUUGUAUCAUUCAGAGGCAGAUUUAGGGCUGCAAAACCGGUUCCACCACACAGGGUACAGGAGCCAAGGGGGCAUCUUCCUGCCUUCUUCCCAAAGGCUAGUAAAUGCUGGGCUUUGGGAAGAAGGCCUGAGGGCUCUGACAGGGUCCUCGGGUCCGCCUGUCUCCUUCCCAACACCUAGGUAGCGCUUGCCUAGCUUUGGGAAGGAAGCAAGAGGGCUCUAGGACCCUGCGCCUCCCUCCCAAAGCCCAGUGAGCCCUCACCAGGCUGUGAGAAAGCAGCUUUGGGUUGGUGGUGGUGGGGGAGCAUCAAAUUUUGGCCUCGCACAGGGCACCAUAUUACCAAGGUCCACCUCUGUAUCAUUCCCUCCAGUAAUGGGCUUGUAGUUGUUCUUUUUAAUUUGCUGCUGGUUUUUUAAAAAAGGUUUUUGUUUUUAAAAUCAUGAUAUUGCUAGUGUGUUUUUAACCUGUGGUGUUAGCCACCUCGGCCAUUUCCUUGACUGUAAAAAGGCAGAAUAAAAAUCCUAAUAACAGUUAAUAAACAUAUACAUAUCACCACCGUAUUAGUACUGUUCUUUAAGAGACAUCACUGAGAUCUGGGAGAAGGAGAAGGGCCAACUCCUGUGCAGCUGUAAUAAUAAUAAUAAUAAUAAUAAUAAUAAUAAUAAUUUUUAUUUAUACCCCACCCUCCCCAGCCAAGGCCGGGCUCAGGGCAGCUAACAAGCAAUAAAAAAAAUAAAUAGUAACUUUUGUUUUAUUUCCCAAGUCCUUGACACAGUUCCUUGGCUGGUCUGUGCUCAAUACGGAUACCUACGAUAAGAUGAACAAGCUGGAGAAUCGAAAGGAUAUCGCACAGGACAUGGUGUUCUACCACGUGCAAUGCGACAAGAAUGAAAUACAAGCAAUCCUGGUAUGGUUUUUAAAGCCCUUGGUUUUUUCCCCUCACUCCAAAACCGCUUGUUAAUAUUUUAAACAUUCAAAUCCAGGCUUCUCCCCAUUUCGACUGUUGCCAAUCAGUUGAAAUUAGUGUUCUAGGACCACCCCCCCAAUUUUUUUUUACUUUACUCAUAUUUUUGGGGAAACCAGUGUUGCUUUCAUCAUGUCGCAAAAACUGGCAACACUGAAAUAGAAACUCACACAUCCAUGAGCCCUGAUAUCUUGCAACCACAUGACAAAUAUCCAAGUAACACACAAAUACGUGUAAUAAAGGCCCGGCAGAUUUUUGUUUUCGGUUUUUCACUGGAAAGCAGCAUCAGAAGCCUGCGGUUUUGAGCAGAGUAGGGGGAAGUGGAAAUGGCUGCCCCUUUCAUGUUGGCCGUUCUCCUAAUUAAAUCAUCCCCACAAACUGCUUUGCCCCCCAGCCACCUGGGUUCUAGAUCAUAGCUGUCAACCGUCCCUUAUUUGGCAGAAAACCCCCUUAUCUAUCCCAGUGCCAUUUCCCACUGCUGUCCCGGAUUGAUGAUGUCCCUUAAAUUUCCCGGGUUUCAUGCUCGCCCGGCUCGGGAGGGAAGCAGUGGCUCAGGGUCCUCUGCCUCCAGAGAGCUGGAGCGUCUCCGUCUCUCCCUUUUCCCCCUCAGGGGCGCAUCAUGAGGAGACGGGUGGCGGCGGGCGGGCAGGCAGCCCAUCUCUUGCGAGACUUCCGCCGCACUGCCAGGGGAAGCCAGAGGCGGCAGCGGCGGCUGAGGAGGCGGCCUGAGGGAGGAGGAAGAGGAGGGGAUGGGGUGGCGCUUCAGCGGCUGCCGCAGCGCCACAACCGCCUCAUGCCGGGCUGGCGGGUGGCGUGGGUGAAAGUCCCCCUCCCUCCCUCCCUCCCUCCCUCCCUCUCUCUCGGGCGGGGAAGGGCCGAUGGAACUCCUCACUCCAAGAUGACGGCAUCCCCGACGUGCUGCUUAGCAUCCCCUCCAGCCAGUGCAGCAUCUUAAUGUAGUGAUUUCCCCCUCUGCAUCCCUUUCAUAACUCUAUAUUUAUAAAUCACUUGUCCAUCCAUAGUUCAAAUUUUUACUACAAGUUUUCUGUCAAUCCUACCAGUGUAUGUAACUCUUUACAAUAGCUUUUCCAAUAAAUUAUAAACUUCCCCCAUUCUUUAUUAAAGAGGUCCUCUUCCUGGUUUCUAAUUCUGCCAGUAAGCUUUGCCAUCUCCACGUCGUUCAUCAGUUUUGUCUGCCCCUCUUCUUUGGUGGGAGUUGUAGACCCUUAGGAUCAUCUGGUCCAACCCCCUGCAAAACACAGUCAGGGGCAGCCAAAGCAGAAUGGCUUCAUCAGUGGUGGAUUUCUGUAUAAACUAAGCCAAAAUCCCUUAUUUUGGCUGCUGGUCCCUUAUUUUCAAAUCUGUAAGUUGACAGCUAUGUUCUAGAUGCAUAUUUACCUUUCCCUAGAACCCUGACAUGGGGAAGGCAUCUUGGGUGGCCAAUUCUGAGUGAGAAAAUGGUUGGUGGAGAAAGGGAUAAACAACAAGCCCUCCUUCUCUGCUAUUCCUCCAUUCAAAGUGUACAGGCUUAUGAGGCUGCUUUUCAAUUAUGUGUAAUUUACUCCUUGAAAAGAAUAUUUGCUUCAAUGCUGCAGACGGAAGGAUUGAAUAUACUUCCCAAGUAGGGAUGAGGAAGACAUGUAGAGGGAGAGAGGGCACUUUUGUAAUAAUUUGGAUGUUUAAAUUGCUUUUAAAGGGUUAUGUAAGUUUGCAUGAGGAAGAGUUGUCAAGUCUCACUCUUUAAAGUACAGUAUGCAUAUAUAUAUAUAUAUAUAUAUAUAUAUAUAUAUAUACACACAGAGAAAGUUGGUCUCUGUGACUGUGUACACAUUUCCAUUUACUACAGCUCCACUGCCCUCCCACUGCUGUGGACGCUGUGGACACGUGAUGUUAGCCGCAAUCCAUAUUUAUCCUGUUGUUUCUUGAGAACUUAUGUCUUACGUGUUUUCCCUCGCACCAUCUGAUUUGAAAAUGUAAGCCACAUUCACUUCACAGUUCAGCUGAGGUGUGUACAUUUGAGACAGCUGCUGCACAUGCUCAGUGGGCUACUUCCUGAGUCGGAGUUCAGGGAGUCUUACAGGCACAGGGAAAACUAAUGUGUCCAUUAGCCUUUGCAUGAGUGGUAUUUCAGACACUUGUCAGUAGGUGCCAGAAUGACAUUUGCUCAGCAGCCUCACACACCCUGUCACCAGUAGCAUCCUUGUAGCAUUAGAUCUGCCUUAGGCACCAAAACGUCUUGGCCCAUCUCUGAGUGUUGUCAGCCAUAAUUCAGCUUGUAUAUGUCUCCACAGCCGACACGACAGAAACUUGGGAAAGAGGUUGCUGAGUGUGAUGAGGAAGAGUUGACUGCAGUUCUAGUGAGUGUCCACAUGGCUUGUUCCGGGUUAAUACCCUUCUUUUGAAAUUUCACAGUUAAACUUUCUCCCCUGCCAAAGUCAUACAACACAGAUUAUAAUAUAACCAGGGGAAACAUCUCCCCCAGCAGAGCUGGGUGUGCAAGGUGUAUCAGCAGAGUCCAAUAUCAAAGAAUAUGAUCAAUACUAUUGGGAUGGACAAUAAAUGGCAAAAGUGGUGUUGUCUCCCAGCCCAGCUCCUGGCAGCUGGUCAAUUUUUAUGGUGCAGCUUUUACAUGUAAAAAAGCAAAAUUGAUUUUUAGUGUGUGAUUCCCCCAACCAGCUCUGUCAGCGGAAGGCCUUCUGCUUGCUUUAGGAUGUGUCUUGCAAGCUUGAAUGCUUGUGCAGAUGGAACAAUUGGAAGAACGCAACACUAAUUCCACCUGUAAAAGAAGAAUAGAAGGGGGGGAAAGUUGUUCCUUACUUUAAUGUUACUUCUUGGUUGAGUGCUGGUUUUAUUAUCAAUCUUUUUCAUUCACUUGGAGGUUGGGUUGUGUAGAAAAUUGCACACUUUGGGCUCCUAAGAAUACAGGGUAACUAAACUUUCAGUGGGACACAGGUGGCACUGUGGGUUAAACCACAGAGCCUAGGGCUUGCUGAUCAGAAGGCCGGCAGUUUGAAUCCCCGCAACAGGGUGAGCUCCCGUUGUUCGGUCCCUGCUCCUGCCAACCUAGCAGUUCAAAAGCAUGUCAAAGUGCAAGUAGAUAAAUAGGUACCACUCUGGUGGGAAGGUAAACGGCGUUUCCGUGUGCUGCUCUGCUCUGCUCUGCCAGAAGUGGCUUAGUCAUGCUGGCCACAUGACCUGGAAGCUGUUCGCCGGCUCCCUCGGCCAAUAAAGUGAGAUGAGCGCCGCAACCCCAGAGUCGGUCACGACUGGACCUAAUGGUCAGGGGUCCCUUUACCUUUACCUUAAUCUUUCAGUAGCUAUUUCAAUUGCUGGCGUCUCUGAAUAAGCCAAAAGUGGUAUUGGCACAAAAUCUUAAAACAGGAAAGCAGAAUGAGUGAUGUGUCUUAGAUCCCAAGACCAGUUUGACUCUCAGGCUAUUAGUAUUGGAUAUAUUUAUUAAUGAAAUUUGUGCAACAAACGUUAUUUGGGCAACCUCAUAACAAAGUUCUCUCGGCAGCCUACAUGAAAUAUCCAUUGGCCGAAAGAGACGAUAAUCUUUGGCAAUUGAUUUAGCUCCUUUGUAGAAGCAAAAUUUGCCCUCCAUCACAGCAAGAAGCAGCGCCAACACAAAUAUUAUUGUGUCGAUCACAUAUGGGCGCAUAAAAAUAAUUGGCCCAGCAGCCACAGUUUGGGAGAUUUUUGAGAAAUGCUUGGUACUUGGUCAGUGGGAUUUGCACCACUUCAACCAAUGCUCAGACUCUCCCCCUGCUCCAGAAAGAACAACUUCCAGAUCCUGCACAAUUUGAGAUCUACGAUUUCCACUUUUCUGAUUUGGAAUGGACUGAACUUGACCUUGUGAAAUGUGGCAUUCAGAUGUAUUAUGAACUUGGAGUGGUGAAAAAAUUCCAGAUUCCACAGGAGGUAAGUGACCACUUUAAUCUGUGGGCUAAUUCUCUCAGUUGUCCACAUGAGGAUAUUGUAUACUACAUAUAUUUUCCUUUGAUCUGUUGUUUGUCUGUAACAUAUUUUGGUCCCUUGACUAUUAAAUCCUAAUUGAAUGACUGGCAUCUACCCACUUCUCCCAAGCUCCAGAAAAUCCAUGAGACAGCAGCAACCUACAUGAGGAAGCCACAGUCUGGUAGAGACUUGCAGCCAUUUGGGGGCUGCGAUUCUUUCCUCUGAGACCUGAGGUCUAGGGAAAACUUGUAUAUACUUUCCCCUCUCCUUAGUAACGUUCAUUUAAUUUAUUGCAAUGAAAACUUUGCAGAUUCCAAAAAUACUCCAGAAAGUGAGCCAGUGGUUUGUUUGUUUGUGAGCCCCCAUCCCCAUCCCCAUUUUAUGACAACAAUCUCAUCUGUUUCUGGCUGCAGAGUUUUCAAAACCUGCGCUUACUAAAGUUCUGUUUUCCCAGGUCCUGGUGAGGUUCAUAUAUUCCGUCAGCAAGGGUUACAGAAGGAUUACCUAUCACAACUGGCGCCAUGGCUUCAAUGUUGCACAAACCAUGUUCACACUUCUCAUGGUAUCUCGGUCUUUACUGAUAUUUUUCCUUCCCAAGAUGCUGUUUCAGCUGAGAUCAACUGCCCUCUCUUUAUAUGAUUUUUAUCCUCCCAUCCCCUUGAGUUAGACUCCCUUUGUCCUUAAAUGAACAAAGAAUAAGUCUUACUGCAGGAAGAGUUAUCAGCCUUUUCUGAUGGUUUGCAUAAGAGACUGUUCGUCUGUUUUUGCAGAAUUUUAAUCCCACUCUUCAGCCCCAAAAGCUCCCAAUGUGGGAGUUUAGAGCCCCUACUGUCAGGUUUACAUAGUGCUUCUUUCCCCCCCUAAAAAAAUGUUUAGGGGUACUUUCAUUUUCCUACUCAUAUUAAAAUACUGCCCCUCAACGAGGCCAAACUUAGAUUCAUAAAAUGUUUUGGGGUAUGCGUACCCCUGCGUUCCCCAGGGAAAAAAGCACUGGGUUUACAAACUAAAGGACACACACACAACACAAAAGGAAAGUGGGUUGUGUCUUUUUUGUGAGGGGUGGGGAAUAAGCAAACUCAGGUGCAAGUUCUUGGUUACAAGGUCUUCUAAUGAUCAGUUAGGGUAGAAAAGUUCAAGGAAAGUAGGGUAGAAAAGUUCAAGGUGCAAAAGUUGCUGGUCUCUCAGCUGUUAUGAGUGGUCCUGUAUUUGUGCUUCUCCUUUAACAUCUGCAGCAGCUUCUAGCUAAUAUUUUCUGCCUUUGCUGUCCUAUCUAUGAAACGCUUAAGAACUCAGAAGGGUCUGUGGAAUAAGUUUAUACAGCCAGUGGAAUCAAACAGUAAAAAAAUUCCUGGGCUAUAUACUACUUCACACCACAGGUGGAGGGAUUAAGGAUUGUAUAUUUGAAUGCUUUUCACUUUAAAUGCAUCUUGCAUUCCAAGUUCAAAUUUUAGUUCUGUAUCUGCCUAGUAGAAUAGGUUUUUGACUACUAGUAAGUAGCAAUGCCAAGUGAAUUUUCUACUAGAAGCACUAAUCAAAACCUGUGAUCCUUACACGGUAUAGACAGGCAAUCUGAAACAGUACUACACAGAUCUUGAAGCGCUUGCAAUGGUGACUGCGGCUUUGUGUCAUGAUAUUGACCAUCGAGGGACCAACAAUCUUUAUCAGAUGAAGUAGGUUCUAUUGUGCUGGUGUUUGAUGUGCGUGAGGUUUUUAAAGUAUGCAAAGUCUAGCCAGCUUUCAAAGAAUUUUAAAUAUUUGUGUUAAUUCUUUACUGUCUGCAGUUUUAGAUAUGAUUUUAUUCUUCCUAAUUGAUAUGCCUUUCUGUUGAUUUUUGUUGUUGUAAAUUGUUGUAAACCUCUCUGGAAUUAGCAAUGAAGCAUAGUCUGAAAGUGUGUUGAGAAGAAUACAUCUAUCAUAGCUCAAGGGCACAGUUUCAGCUGGCCAGAUGGAAGGAGGUGAAGUGUGGGUGGGUUCCCACAAGGCAAGACACAGUUAUAACAGCAAAGAACCUUUAUUGAACUAACAGAACUGGACAACAGGGGCAAAGCAACUGCUUAUAUACAUUUCUGAAGGCCUGGGCCACUCCCACUCCCAACGUGAUUGGCUGUCUAAACUUCCAAGCUGCGAAUCACGACUCAGAGUUUAAGGGCCAAUGGCAGAGGCCCAAAUCCUGAAAUGUUCUGUGAUAGGAUACCAUGUAUCAAAUCAGAACACAGGAGCUCAGAAUCCUUAGUCCAGACUCAAGCUCAGGCAAACACAGACCGCUGAAUACAUAACAGGAGGCGUGAGGACAUUGUUCAGCUGCUGUUCUGUGGGUUCUCCUCACUGAGCCAAUUUGGGAGGGGAAACCCCAUUACUCAAGCAGAAGUCCUUGCACGGGCUUCCAUGGACAGUAUUCUGGCUCUUUGUACAUAACUUUCACUGUCAAGCUCUUCUUGAAAAGAGCUUAAACUCACAGUUUAAGAAACGAAAAUAUCUGGUUGCUAUUUUUGUUUUGUUUCUCAAGUCCAAAAAUAACAUUUCACAUACUAAGUUUUGCUUUUUGUUUCUAACUAUCCCCUUUCAAUUUUGUCCUUCGGAAAUAUUUCCUAAUAGAUCACAACACGCGUUAGCCAAACUUCAUGGUUCAUCCAUUCUGGAGAGACACCACUUGGAAUUUGGCAAGUUUCUACUCUCAGAAGAGGUUUGUGGUCCAUACUUUUCAUACCGCAUAUUUGGAGAAAUGCUGAUUAGAUUUCGCAUAGGUUUUUUUGUUUUUUAAACUACAGACUGAUGUGGAAAUAAGGAGAGCUGAACUUAACAGUGGGGAAAUGAGAAACCAAGAGAAACCAAAACUGACAGAUUUCUCUCCAUGUGAAACAAAGUAUUAGGGGAAAGAUGUAGAUACCCAAAAUGAUGAAUUCUAGUCUUCCACUCUGAUCUAUGCAUUUCCCCCUCUUUAGUCUCUGAACAUUUACCAGAACCUUAACCGGAGGCAAUUUGAACAUGUGAAUCACUUGAUGGAUAUUGCCAUUAUAGCUACGGACUUAGCAUUGUACUUCAAGUAAGUUAUUAAUAGAUUUGCUACGGAAAUUCAAGAUGGUGGACGUUUUCCUUCAAAGCAUUCAUUUAUAUUCUUAUGGAGAAGGAAGCAGAACAAGCUGAGGAUGGGAUAUAGGAUAGGCAUUUUCCUUGGUAUCGUAUCGCAAGUGCCCACACAGUCUAUUUAGGAGAUACACCACAGUUCUUUUUCUUUCAGGGACAACCGUCCCCCGGCUGUUGUUGGCAAAACAACACACACAACACAAAAAGGGAAUGGGAGGGGUGGAAGGGUGAUUGCUGAGGCAAAGCAGCAGAGCGACACAGUUCUUUGUAUGGAAAGUGGUUUAUUUGCUUUGGUUCAAGUUAAAGCCAAGGAUUUGAAGACAAAUCUUAAAAACUUUCUACGUGCAUGCAGUUAGCCUGCAGAAAAUAUCCUGUUGGCUUUCCACUUUAGAGACAAUCUGGUCUGGUCUACAACAACAAAGCAUAUAAAAACAAACAGCAGUAAAACACUGCCAUUUACUGCCUUUGAGUAAUAAUAAUAAUUUAUUAUUUAUACCCCACCCAUCUGGCCGGGUUUCCCCAGCUACUCUGGGCGGCUUCCAACAAAGUAUUAAAAUACAGUGGUCUGUUAAACAUUAAAAGCUUCCCUUAAUAGGGCUGCCUUCAGAUGUCUUCUAAAAGUCUGGUAGUUGUUCUUCUCUUUGACAUCUGGUGGGAGAGCAUCCCACAGGGCGGGUGCCACUACCGAGAAGGCCCUCUGCCUGGUUCCCUGUAACCUCACUUUUUGCAGUGAAGGAACCGCCAGAAGACCCUCAGAGUUGGACCUUGGUGUCCGGGCUGAACGAUGGGGGUGGAGACGCUCCUUCAGAUAUACAGGACUAAGGCCGUUUAGGGCUUUAAAGGUCAGCACCAACACUUUGAAUUGUGCUCGGAAACGUACUGGGAACCAAUGUAGAUUGGCUUUCAAGACCAGUGUUAUGUGGUCUCGGCGGCCGAGUAGUGUCCAGAUAAGGUCUCUGUCCAAUGCCAGGACAGUCCCAGGGACAAAACCUUAUCUAAUACAGUGAAGGGAGUUUUAUCUCAUAGGUUCUUUCUCAUUCUUCUGAUCUUUGUGAGUGUAUCUUGGAAGAAAGGUGAGAGAUAAGGAGAAAAUGUGGUAUAUGAGCUAACUAUGGCUAUACCCCACCACCCAUAAAAAUGAGGUGCCAAUAUUUGUAUACUGAUAAAAGUGCCACCAGCACAAAAUGGCUCCCCUAGACAGCAAAAAAAAACUUAAAAAGUAACUUGAGUGAUUAAAAAAACAAACACCUUGAAGAGCUUUUGCUCUUAGUAUUGGGCUAUCAAAAGGUGAUAUGAAUUCAUAUCAAGGCAUAGAAAGGGUUUAACCUUCUUUCGUUUCCUAUCUGCAACCUUGUUGUUAUUUUUUAAGAAAGAGGACAAUGUUUCAGAAGAUUGUUGAUGAAUCCAAAACCUACAACAGUGAGAGAGAGUGGGUUGAAUAUUUGUCCUUGGAGACAACAAAAAAAGAGAUUAUCAUGUAAGUGAUUUUUUUUAUCAAAACGAAACAAAAAUGGUUUGCCUGAACAAAUGAGUGACAAUGAGCAACCAUGAUACCUGUUUCAUAUGUUAAAUAUUUAUAUUGAGGCAAGCUGUUCAGUAACAUCCUGAGAUGUUGCAAAUUAAGAGGCUGAAAGGAAAAUAGCACACUGUUGCAUGAGAAGAACAAAGGAACAUUUAUUGUCUUUGCUGGCCAGACAGACAGGCUCAGUGGAUUAGCAUCCAACAGGACUGAGCACCCUCCAAAGAAGGGGGCUUCCUAAUAGACUUUUCCCUUAUCUGUUAAGACUAUACAUAUGCAUGGAGUACCUUCCAACCAUUUGGGAAUAAUGCCCUACUAGUGGUUCCGUAUAAGGACUCUGGUUAAUUGCAUAUUACCGGAAAUGUGUGUGCGUCCUAUGGGGCGAAUGCAGGCUUCCGCUGAAGCCGGGAGAGCGAGAGGCGUCGGUGCGCACCGACCCCUCUCGCUCUCCAGGCUUCAGGAAGCUAUCCACAAGCCUCGCGCGCCCGGCGGGAGGUCCCGCCGGGUGUGCAAAGCUUGGGGCGGCAGCCUGCAGCCUGCAGCCCGAAGCACUGGGUGCGCUGCGGAGCACGCCCCGUGCUUCAGGCAGAUGUCCGCAAGCCUUGCGCACCGGGCUCACAAGGCUUGCAGGCAGCAGCCUGUUCUGGGGGCUGGGGUCGGGGGAAAGCUCGUCCUAUGGGGCGAAAAAUACGGUAAUUAAGCAAGCAAACAAAGGACUCUCUGAGCACCUUCAUGCAGCAUGUGGGCUUCUGUAUUUUGCAUACACUUUGCUAUGUGGUAACAAGAUAAGGAGUAAAGCCUUAAGGACAGAAUGUCUCCUGAUACAAUGGGGCAACUCUUUGGUGCAAGAUUAGCUGCAGGUCUCUAAUUGCCACAUUGGGAGGGCAGAUGAUGCUCUUGAGAUCACAUACUUGGUGCAUGCUACAGCAAUAGAUUGGGGGGGAGGAAACAGGAUCCCAGGAAAAUGCAUUAUUAUGCUUUGGACCACAAUCCCCCAACAGAUGCCCUGACAAUGGAGCAUCAGUAUUCAAUCCUUGUGGUAAGGACCUCCGAUUUUUUCAGGAACUAAAGCACAACUUAAACACAAUUUUGUUCAUUGGGUUUGCCGGCAUUAUUAUUUACAUCUGCUUAAAGAGAACAAGGCGUUUGCUGUUUCAUCUUCAGCCAUGAUCCAUCUGUGCUGAUUCAGCUGUUCCAGGCCUUGAAUCUGAAAAAAACAAUGAGGAUACUCCACAAGGUGUCUAAAUCUACUCUUCAAAGCUUUUAACGGUUCCCUCCCACUAGGGCCCAUGCUCAGAGCAGAGUGUGCUUCUCAGUAAUUGAAACCAAUUGGAUUAGAUGAGCCAUUUUAGCAGCAGCUAAGGAACCAGGAGCCCUUUAGGAUUGGGGAUUAAAAAUGGAAGCUUUAAAGACAUGGGCAGCGUGGCUAGCUGCUAUAUUAGCAACUACACUGCACGCACACACACACACACACACACACACACACACACGAAUAGCACACAUAUAUAGGGUGGGUUUUGAGGCAUGAAAGGAAAUAACUGUGCCAGUGUUCCACAUUGCAUCUUAUACAUUAGAUGCAUAGGCAUAAAAGCUCACCCCCUGUCUGUGCUACUAAGUCUUUUAUAGGAACUAUAAACCCAGGAUUAAGGAGAUUUGACUACAAGGUCAAAAGAGGCAAUUGUGUUAUCUAGACAUAUGACAGGCUUGCCGCAGCCAGCUGUACCAUCCCAACUAAAUUUAAUAAAUAUGAUUUCAGGAUAAAAUGAUACAUAUCUUGGUAGAAUUCUGGGGUAUAGGGCUGAAUCAAGGAUUUUUGCCGCCUGAGGCAAAGGACAAGAUGGCUUCCCCUCUCCACUUCAUGCACGGAAACCAUCUGGACUGGUAGUUGAGUACAGUGGUACCUCGGGUUAAGGAAUUCGUUCCGGGGGUCCAUACUUAACCUGAAACUAUUCUUAACCUGAAGCACCACUUUAGCUAAUGGGGCCUCCUGCUGCCGCCGCGCCGCCGGAGCACGAUUUCUGUUCUCAUCCUGAAGCAAAGUUCUUAACCUGAGGUACUAUUUCUGGGUUAGCGGAGUCUGUAACCUGAAGCGUAUGUAACCUGAAGCGUAUGUAACCCGAGGUACCACUGUAUUAUCAUUUCAACACUGGUCAUGGGAUAGUUUCCUUCACAGCAGCUGAGGCAGCAGUCUUGUUUGGGAAAUGAGGGUAGGCUGGGCCAUUAUCAUAGGUCCUCCGACGGAGAGGAAAGGCUGGGGAGCUUCAGAGAACUGGUCAGGGCGCUGCUGCCACUGCCUGCUAAUAUUGGCUCUCUCAGGUGGGGCUGGUCCUGUUGGUGUAAAACAACACCAGGACAAAGUAGUUUCUGCAGCCAGGAGAAACAGACUUCUACACACAAGUCUCCACUCUUUCUCCCUGCCAAAUCCCACAUUUCUCAGACUGAUUCCACUCUGCCAGACCUCCUUGAUGCCUUCUUAGUGUUGUAAGUGGGGCUGCUUUUAAGAUUGCUCGUAAGUUUAACAUGUGCAAAAUACAGCAGCAAAUUGCUGCCCGGGACAGGGGGAACGGAACUUCUAUUACCUGUCUUAACUGCACUGAUUCUCUGUUUCUCUUCUGCCCCCUCCUCUUUUUCUAUAGGGCUAUGAUGAUGACUGCCUGUGACUUAUCUGCUAUCACGAAACCCUGGGAAGUACAGAGUAAGGUCAGGUGCCCGGUGCAGAGUACCCAUUCUUUAAUGCAUAGACUAAGAGCACAUUACUGGGACGCGGGUGGUACUGUGGGUUAAACCACAGAGCCUAGGACUUGCCGAUCAGAGGUUUGGCGGUUCGAAUCCCCGCGACGGGGUGAGUUCCCGUUGCUCGGUCCCUGCUCCUGCCAACCUAGCAGUUCGACAGGAUGUCAAAGUGCAAGUAGAUAAAUAGGUACCGCUCUGGCGGGAAGGUAAAUGGCGUUUCUGUGUGCUGCUCUGGUUCGCCAGAAGCAGCUUAGUCAUGCUGGCCACAUGACCCGGAAACUGUACGCUGGCUCCCUCGGCCAAUAAAGCGAGAUGAGCGCCACAACCCCAGAGUCGGUCACGACUGGACCUAAUGGUCAGGGGUCCCUUUACAUUUACCUUUAAGAGCACAUUGCCAAAUUCUAGGUUUCCUCAUCUUAUGGUUUAUUACAUAACAACUCCAUCAUUGUAGAAGGUACUUUACAGAGUUAAAAUAAGCAAAAGGCAGGAGACAACUCCAGUAAGCUCUUAAACUCUAAGAGUGUGGAAUUGAGGACAAAUGUGUUAUUUUCCUUUCUCUUUCACUCAUCAACGUGCUUCCACCCAUUUGUGAACAGCAUCCCAAAAGGUGGAUAUCGUUCCUUUUAGUGUUCCUAUCAAUACAAUUCAAAGGGGAGGCAGCCUAUAAGAUUUAACGAGCAUAUAUAUUUAAUUUGAAAGCGUGUGAAAAAGUGUUCCAGGUCUAGUAGCAGAACCCAGAAGAUGUAAGGAAUUCUUUCCAUGCAUCAGUAGAGAUUGGAUUUUUAAAAAUAUGAUUAACUUCAACGAAAGCUGGAAACAAAAAAGUUUGGGGAAAGAAGUAACCAUUGAAACAUGUUCCCCACCCUAAUUAUUCUAAAAGUGAGCACUGAUAGCAGUAAGGGAAUUUAUUAUCCAGUUUGCAAGCUGUCAUGCUGGCCACAUGACUCGGAAAAACUGUCUGCAGACAAAUGUUAGCUCCCUCUGCCAGUAAAGCGAGAUGAGCGCUGCAACCCCAGAGUCGUUCGCGACUGGACUUCACUGUCAGGAGUCCUUUAUCUUUUUAUGCAAGCUGCUAAACUGCAAAUGCCCCAAAGCUUAGGCAUUUGUUUUUCCUGGAUACAGGUGGCACUACUUGUAGCAGCUGAAUUCUGGGAACAAGGAGAUAUGGAAAGAAAUGUACUUCAGCAACAACCUAUUGUAAGUUCUCUCCCUACACUUCUUAUUAUUUUCAAAGUUGAUGUAAACAAAGAAAAGAAAUCAGAGUGACUAUAUAUGGAAUAAUCCAAUAAAGGGAAAGUGGAUAAAUAAUGCUAUCAAGGAUAACCCUCCCCCAUAUAAUUACAAACUAACAAUGUAAAAUCAAAACCAAAUCAGUAACAUGGAAACCCAUCAUGGGAAAGGGUGAAGCUUUCUGAAAUACUGCUUAACAUGGCACUUUCAAAACUGGAUGAGGGUGACUGCAUAAGGCAACUGUCUCUCCUUGUUUUGCAUUCCAGCAUAUUUUAAAGGGGGGGCAUUCUUGUUAAAACUCAUUGCACCCUUUACGAUUUAUGAUUUACUCAUAAGAUCCAUGAGAUCUUGCUUAAAAUGGCAGAAUCCCACAAUUUAACAAGCCACUCCUGAAUUUUUGAGUGCUGUCUAUGUAGAAAGACUGGGCCAUUAUAAAGAGAUUUAGUGGUUCUUAAUUGAUUGGUGAUGUGAUAAUGUUGUAUUGUAUUAUUUAUGCAAAUCGAUUUUCUCUGGAGUUAAAGAUCUGACUGGGACAAGCCUUGUUAUGUUGAGCUCGUAUUUUGCACAAUUUGUAUACGGUGUCUGUUUGAUAAUGGUGGUUUGUUAUGCCUAAUAAAGGAUAAAAAGCCACUCACAUAGCUGUGCCAUUUCCUUCUCCUCUCCCCUAAUAAUAAUAAUAAUAAUAAUAAUAAUAAUAAUAAUAAAAAAAUACUUGACAGAUAGUAGUGCAUCCUUGCUGCAACAACCAAAUGAAGCAAUAAUUUCUCUUUGCCUUUUGGAGAAUCUUUCAAUAUAUUCAUAGAAAAUGUUUGGACUCUACACAUAUUCUGCAACCCCAAAUCAUUUUGGGAGCGUGUGUGUGUGUGUGUGGAUAUUUCUUAAAGCCUGUUCCAACCUUAGUAGAAAAAAUAGUGCAGAGUGCAUUGUCUCUAUUCAUUUUCAGCAGGGAACAGGCAAUGGUAAAGCCGGGGGUAGCCUUGUCGAAACAUGAACAUCACACCAGAAUCAUGAUGUGAGUCCUUCCACAUGGGAUAGCUGUAUCUCCCCUCCCCCCCACACACACUUAACCAUAAGAAGAUGAGGAAAAUGAGGGGUGGAGGAUCCCCAACCCUGUUUUAGUGGGAGCCAAAUCACAAAAAUUUAGUCCCCACUGCAUGAUAAUCCUCCCAGUGCAAUACCAGAGCAGGAAACAGUAGCCACCAAAUUAUAUAUGAAAUAGUAAAGGAGUACAUUAAGAGACAGGGAUGCGGGUGGUGCUGUGGGUUAAAACACAGAGCCUAGGGCUUGCCGAUCAGAAGGUCGGCGGUUCGAAUCCCCGCGACGGGGUGAGCUCCCGUUGCUCAGUCCCUGCUUCUGCCAACCUAGCAAUUUGAAAGCACAUCAAAGUGCAAGUAGAUAAAUAGGUACUGCUCCGGCGGGAAGGUAAACGGUGUUUCCGUGCGCUGCUCUGGUUCACCAGAUGCAGCUUAGUCAUGCUGGCCACGUGACCCGGAAGCUAUACACCGGCUCCCUCGGCCAAUAAAGCGAGAUGAGCGCGCAACCCCAGAGUCGGUCACGACUGGACCUAAUGGUCAGGGGUCCCUUUACCUUUACCCUUUACACCACCUUUACAUUAAGAGACAUCACUUCAUUGACAUUGUACAGAAUCCUCCUUUACAGAGGACAGAUCUCUAUUUGAAGGUGUCCUUCAUUUGAAGCUGCCCUGUCUAAGUCUGGUUUAAAGAUAAGGAACCAUAAAAAGGACAGCAGCCGCCCUGAAAGUGCCUAUCAGCAUUUUGUAGCCCCUAGGAAGCAGGUGAACAGGUAUUCAAGUCACCCAGUGCCUUCUGUACUGUGGUGAGAUGUAUUUCUAUUUAAAUUACAAUGGUUAUUUCUAAAUUUCCACCUAAUGCAUAUAAACCACCAUAUGCAAAUUGGUGCCUUCCCUGUUUUUUGGUAUGUAAAUCCUCUUUUUUGGCAGUGAAUAACUGAGUGCUGGUCUUGCCCCCUUUCCAACAGUCUUGCUGAUUACAGCCCAUUUAUUUCGACCCACGAAAAUUAAAGGAAGCCACUAAGAAUAGUGUGCACUUUUAUCUGUAGAACACAGUCCUGGCUUCAGUUUCUUGGCCAGGACAUUAUUACUAGAGCACAACAGAGACCAGAAUAAAAUGAUUAUAAUAAUUUUUAAAGUUAUUGCUGUUUUUCCCCCCUAGCCUAUGAUGGACAGAAGGAAAGCUGCUGAGCUUCCCAAACUUCAAGUUGGUUUCAUUGACUUCGUAUGCACCUUUGUUUAUAAGGUAAGAAGUUAGUACUCAAUAUCUACUAGGCCCUUAAACUCUAGCUACUGGUAGUUAAGGUAAAUAAUUUUUAAUUAGAGCUAACAUUUUCAAAUGUUUUAAAAUAAUGACACAAUUUAGGAAACUAAGAUUGCUUCUGCACUAGAUGUUUCCUCAACAAUUACCAUACUUUGUUCACUCACAUAUUAUUGUUGCAUUCUAGUACUUUCUGUGUUGUCCUCCCCGUUUUUUUCAGGCCUGAUUUGUGGCAAAUUUUUGCAACGCAAACCAGUUAUAGGUAAUUUUUUUUUAAAAGGUAAAGGACCACUGGAUGGUUAAAUCCAGUCAAAGGCAACUAUGGGGUUGUGGCACUCAUCUUGCUUUCAGACCAAGGGAGCCGGCAUUUAUCCACAAACAGGCCAUGUGGCCAGCAGGACUAAACCGCUUCUGGUGCAACGGGACACAGUGACAGAAACCAGAGCGCAUGGAAACGCCGUUUACCUUCUCGCCACAGCCGUACCUAUUUAUCUAUUUGCACUGGUGUGCUUUCGAACUGCUGGGUUGGCAGGAGCUGGGACAGAGCAAUGGGAGCUCACCCCGUCAUGGGGAUUCGAACCGCCAACCUUCUGAUCGGCAAGCCCAAGAGGCUCAGUGGUUUAGACCACAGCGCCACCCGCGUCCCAGUUAUAGAACUACUGUGUGUACUAUGGGUAGGCAAGUUGCUAUUGAUGCUCUUAAGGGCUACUUAAAGGCUACCCUGAGAUUAAGAAUCUCAUGCUCUACCAACUGAGCUAUGAACAUAUUUAGUAACUGAGCAAUGGCUACAUAACUUCUUACCUCUCAACUGUCCCUCUCAGCUAUGCUCUGGAUGAGCUCUGCAAGGAAGGCACCUAUGCUGUUAAUUUUCUUGAAAACAAUCUACCACUUGGUUUAACAAGAAAGUUGGAUUGAUGUUGUGAAUUGUAUUUGAAAUGUUAAAAUAUGAUCUUUCCCACAGACAUUUCUUAGCUACAGACUUACCACUGAAAUUGAGAACCAUUUUAGAAAAUGGAUUUAUUACAGAUCUUUUUAUUAUGGGUAAUUCAUAGGGGACGGGGGUGGCACUGUGGUCUAAACCACUGAGCCUAGGGCUUGCCAAUCAGAAGGUCGGCGGUUCGAAUCCCCGUGACGGGGUGAGCUCCUGUUGCUGGGUCCCAGCUCCUGCCCACCUAGCAGUUCGAAAACAUGUCAAAGUGCAAGUAGAUAAAUAGGUACCACGUCAGCGGGAAGGUAAACGGCGUUUCCGUGCGCUGCUCUGGUUUGCCAGAAGCGGCUUAGUCAUGCUGGCCACAUGACCUUGAAAAACUGUCUGCAGACAAACGUCGGCUCCCUCGGCCAGUAAAGCAAGAUGAGCUCCACAACCUCAGAGUUGUUCGCGACUGGACUUAACUGUCAGGGGUCUUUACCUUUACCUUUAAUUCAUUUUUAAUCUGCAAGAAGAAACAAAAGUGCAACAAUAAAUAUUUAAACAUCAUCAACAUUUUUAGUGAUUGGUUUAAAGAGACAAGACAGCCAGAAAACUGAAAAUGCUUUGGGUUUCUACCACUACUGCCUUUUUUUGUUUGCAUCAGGAAUUUACACGGUUCCAUUCAGAAAUUCAGCCAAUGUAUGACAGACUACUGAACAACAGAAAAGAGUGGAAAGCCCUGGCAGAUGAGUAUGACGAGAAAAUGAAAGCUUUAGAGGAAAAACAAAAGAAAGAAGAAGAGAAAAUGGCUGCCAGUAGAGGUUAG